GCACCCCGCUGGCUCGCGGAGCCCAGCGUCAAAGCCCCGCCCCCUCGGGGUUGCAGGAACCCUCAGCGCGCGUCUUUGGGGAGGCGGGGCUGGAUGGGCGCGCUGACGGGAGGCCGCGGGCUCUCUGCACCCGCUCUCCCUCUUCUCUCUACCCUCACGGCUCUGGCUGGAUCGUCUGCUGGUGGCCGGAUUCCCUGCUAAACACUUACCAUUUUGGAGUUUAAAGUAUGUCAUCAUGGCAAAAUUUCGAAGAAGGACUUGCAUCAUUUUGUCACUUUUUAUUCUGUUUAUUUUCUCCCUGAUGAUGGGUUUAAAAAUGCUGAGACCAAAUAAAGCUACUUUUGGAGAUCCUUUUGGACUUGAACUUCUUCCAGAACUUCAUCAACAAACUCACUUAGGGAAAAACCUUGAUUCCCAAAACAAUGACAAAAUCAACAGUGAAACAAAUAUCAAGAAUUUAAAAAGUGUUGAAAUCACUCUGAAACCUUCCAAAGCCUCUGAACCUUACCUGGAAGAGCUGCGACCUCUGAAUUAUUAUUUGCAUGUCUUUUAUUACAGUUGGUAUGGAAAUCCGCAAUUUGAUGGUAAAUAUAUACAUUGGAACCAUCCAAUCCUGAAGCAUUGGGACCCUAGAAUAACCAAGAAUUAUCCACAAGGGAAACAUAAUCCCCCGGAUGACAUUGGCUCCAGCUUUUACCCUGAGUUGGGAAUUUACAGCUCUCGGGAUCCUUCUGUCAUUGAAACUCACAUGAAACAAAUGUACUCAGCUUCAAUUGGUGUACUAGCCCUAUCUUGGUACCCACCUGGUACAAAUGAUGAAAAUGGAGAAAAUACUGAUGAUUUGGUACCAACUAUUUUGGAUAAAGCUCAUAAAUAUAAUCUGAAGGUCACUUUUCACAUCGAGCCAUAUAGCAAUCGGGAUGAUCAAAACAUGUACAAAAAUGUCAAAUAUAUUAUAGACAAGUAUGGAAGUCAUCCAGCCUUUUAUAGGUACAAGACUAAGACUGGCAAUGCCCUUCCUAUGUUUUAUAUCUAUGAUUCCUAUAUCACAAAGCCUGAAAAAUGGGCCAAUCUGUUAACCACCACAGGGUCUCAAAGCAUUCGCAAUUCUCCUUAUGAUGGACUGUUCAUUGCACUUCUAGUAGAAAGCAAACAUAGGUAUGAUAUUCUACAAGGUGGUUUUGAUGGAAUUUACACAUAUUUUGCCACAAACGGCUUUACUUACGGCUCAUCCUAUGAGAACUGGGCAGGGCUAAAAUUUUUUUGUGAUCAGUUCAACCUACUGUUUAUCCCAAGUGUGGGCCCAGGAUACAUAGACACCAGCAUCCGUCCGUGGAACGCUCAAAAUACUCGGAACCGAAUCAGCGGGAAGUACUAUGAAACUGCCCUGGGUGCCGCACUCCAUGCCCACCCCAGUGUAAUUUCCAUCACCUCUUUUAAUGAGUGGCACGAAGGAACUCAGAUUGAAAAAGCUGUUCCCAAAAGAACCAGUAAUACGGUAUACCUAGAUUACCGGCCUCAUAAACCAAGUCUUUAUCUAGAACUAACUCGCAAGUGGUCUGAAAAAUACAGUAAGGAAAGAGCUGCUUAUGCAUUCGAUCAUGAGCUGCCUCUUUCUUAAUGCAUUUAUAAUUCUAGAAAUCAAUAAACAUUUUUUGUUUUAGGAAUAACUGUCAAUCAGUAUACACUGAUACACUUAAUAAAAAGAAUUUGUUCUUUUUUAAAAA